AUGUACAUAUCCUUGAUCAAUGUAAAACUAUUUUGUAAGGAAAACACUUUGAAUAAAUUAGCCAUGAACAAACUAGGUGAACACGAUGAUUUAGAAUGGGAAAAAGUAAGGUCGAUGUUACGAUACAUAUUUCGCAAAACAGAUAUAGAAAUAAUGAUAUGUGAAAAUAUAGAAUAUAAUGCAGAAGAAAAAGCAAUCAUUUUAUUACGAUUUCACGAUUCAAAACUAGGCGAACAUUUAGGUGUGAAUAAAACCAUUAAGCGCAUAAAAAAAACAAUUCUUAUGGAAGGGUAUGAAAAAAAACGUUAA